AUGUUGUCUCAAUGGCUGAGAUCUCCGGCCAGAGUCCAAUCUCCCUCCCAACCUCGUCAUCGUCACUUCUCUUGUUCCUCCUUCAAAGACAUUCAAGACCUCUGCCGUGAAGACUCCUCUUCCGAUUCCGGAUCCGAUUCCCCUCCCAACACUCCCAAGAAACCUUCCAUUUUCCACCGCGUCCGUCUCUCCACCUCCGUCCUCCGCUCUUGGUCUCACCGCCUCGCCGUCUCUUCCACCUCUUCCUCACGCCGCGACUCCGAUCACCGUAUCAUCCUCUACCACACCUCUCUCCGCGUCGUCCGUCGCACCUUCGAGGACUGUCGAGUCGUCCGAUCCAUCCUCAGAACCCUCCGCGUUCCAAUCGACGAACGCGAUCUCUCAAUGGACUCCAGAUUCGUAGACGAGCUACACGAUGCGAUCGGACGGAAGAGUCUGAGUUUACCUAGAGUGUUCAUUGGCGGUCGAUACAUAGGCGGAGUAGAGGAAAUAAAAUUAAUGAACGAAAAUGGUGAGUUGAAGAGACUAAUCGAAAGGCUACCGGAUGUAGCGACGGGACCUGCGGCGGCGUGGUGCUGCGAGGUAUGCGGUGGAAUCAGAUUCGUGGUUUGUGAAGAAUGCGAUGGAAGCCAUAAGAUCUACAUUGAGAAAAUAGGAUUCAGAAGCUGUAACUCUUGCAACAUCAAUGGAUUGAUUCGAUGUCCUUCGUGUUCACCAAUGAAGCUACGAAUUGCAGGUUCUUAA